GGGCGCGGGGCUGGGCGCGGCGUGGCUCGCUUGGCCUGCGCCCCGAGCUCGGGGUGCCGCGACGGGCAGAGGGAUCCGGGAGCGCGGGGGUCCCGAGGUGACCUCCGCACACGGCCCCGAUGACCGAACUACAGCAAGAUGUGGAAGACACAAAGCCUGCGAAAGUGCUCGGGAAGAGAGAGAGCAAAGUUGGCUCAGCCCACUCAGAGGCUGAGAAUGGUGUGGAGGAGAAAAAGAAAGUCUGCAGGUCGCCAACAGCCCAGUCUCCUACCCCAUCCGUGGAGGCUGAGUCCCCAGACCAGAAGAGAAUCAUUUCCCUGCGCCCAUGUCUUCUCUCCAAACCUAUGCUUUAUUCAAGACCAAGCUACAAAGCAAAUAUGCACUUUCACAAGUUGUUUCUCGAUGUCCCAACUGAAGAGCCACUGAGGCAAAGCUUUACCUGUGCUCUACAGAAGGAAAUACUAUACCAAGGAAAGCUCUUUGUAUCAGAAAACUGGAUUUGUUUCCAUUCCAAGGUCUUUGGAAAAGACACAAAGAUCUCCAUUCCUGUUUUCUCGGUAACCCUAAUAAAGAAAACCAAAACUGCUCUUCUGGUGCCAAAUGCCCUGAUUAUAGCGACAGUGACAGACAGGGUGAGUAUGCAGCAGAGGAAAAUUGGGUCUCCUCAUUUUAUUAUUUCCUUUCAGGAUUUCAAUGAUGAAUUCUCAGAUCUGGAUGGAGUGGUUCAACAAAGGAGGCAAGACUUGGCGGGAUACAGCAGUUCUGGUUCUCAAACUCCUGAAUCUGAGAACUCUCGAGAUUUCCACGUGACAGAAUCCCAGACAGUCCUGAAUGUCUCCAAGGGAGAAGCGAAACCAACUCGGGCAGACCCCCUUGUGAACAGAGGGCCUGAAGGAAAAGCCAAGAGUCUCCCAGCAUAUGGUCAGUCAGAAACCACUGGACUCACACAUAAAGUCAGGCCUCAGAAAUGCCCAACUCUCCAACAUGUUCUUAUAUUCUAUACAAUUGUGUAA